CACUCUCACUCCCAGUCCGCACAGUCGCAUGUCUUCUUCUUCACCGUCUCGUCGUGCCGAAGUACCGGUGUUCACCGUCACCGGCAUCGGCACUCGCAUCGCCGUCUCCGUCGCUCCCACCAUCACGGCUUCGGACCUAAAGAGUCAAAUCUCGGACAGAUCAAUUGUUAAACUGUGGUGUUGACGGGUCUUCGCUGUUGUGGCCGUUUAGCUAGAGAUACAACCUGCGUUAGUCUUGCUGUGGUCUGCGGUGGCGACGCAUUUGGAAUGAGUAGGUUGAGCUUUUCUCUUGAGCGUUCCUCUUUUUUGGGUUCUUGAAGUAUCAUCUGAAUGGGUCCUUGAGAGAGCUCACUUCAGUUGCUUUCCGGAAAUAGGAGAGAUUAGGGUUGAUGGAGUGAUGGUGGAGCGUAGGUCAUGCCUCUAUUACCUGCCGAAUUCAAUGCCAGUAAAAUAUGCUUUCCAGGGAAUCGAAGGGUCCUGGUUUAUUCACUUGGAUAUAACAUGUUUAGAAUGUUUAAGUCAGCCAUGCUCACAUCACUGCAUAGCUAUAGGCAAUCAUGUCUCAGAUGUUUGUGACACUGACCCUUCGAAAUCUCAGAGCCUUCUCUUGCCUCAUAACAUUCAGAGAAUGGACAAAUAUGGAGCCAAGGGAUCUCACUACGGUAAACCUCUAUUACCACAGCUUCAAAGGGAUAUUCGUGGUCCAAAGAAAAAGAAGAGAAAUAAGCAUAGAUGGGAAGGUAGCUCCAAAGAAGAUAGAACUAAUGUAAUCGACAUGAACUGGCAUUUUAGAACUGAAGAAAAUCCAUUUACCGGUGUUCAGAGUUCUCCAAAAGGCACAAGUGAGGUUGUGCAACUGAAUGAAAGGAAAUCCAGCACACAUAAUGAGCACUCUAACACAACGUCAUCAGAAGUUAUAUCAGUUGGUGGUAUCAUUAAUAGAUACUUUACAAAUUUCAGUGAGGUGAACAGUUUUGGUAGCCCUUCUAACCCUGAUUUUCAGUCUAGAGCAUUAAGACUACAAUUGAAGAGUAAACUUAACUAUAACUGCCCAAGCAUUCAAGUGGAUGCUUCAGCAGAGUUUGCAGUUGAAACACCCCCAAGACUGUUGACUACAUUGUCUUCAACUAAGCCAAGCCCUGGCAGUUUAAGCAAUGCCGUAAUAAGAAGCAGAGUUGGGAAAUCCUUAAUUAUGGCCUCCCGAAAUCUUGGUACUCCAGCAACUCCACGAGGAUCGGUGGUUUCUCUGUGCAGAUCCAGAAACAGAAAGCAGACGAGUCCAAAUACUUUGCCCAUAAAGUUUUCAGUCUUCGAAAUUAGUGAAGAUGACGAGUAAGGAAACUGAAGCCAUCGGCUUGUACUGGCUUGGGUUGUUGUAAAUCAAGUCCACAGACAUCUUAAGCAAAGAAAUUGCGACAGUGAUAGAGCUAGUGCCUAUGCAGAAUUCAGAUGAGUCAUUUAGAAAAAGUGUCAAUUUCAUUUUCCUGUUGGCUUUUGCUGAUUGAAUUACAUUUUCAUGGCCAGGACCUGCGAUGAGGUUUCUGCAGAUUAGUCUUAAGAUGAAACAUAUAUUUGACCCCAAUGAGCAACAUAUAUUUGACCCCAAUGAGCGACCGCGAACAUGGGAAUCCAAUUAUAUAUUGACAUUUAGUUCUGCGACAAGGUGGUCAGCAUAAUCAAAUGGCAUAGUCAGGAGUAUCGGUUCAGAGGGCUAAAUGUGCAGUUAACUGCUAUCGGUAACUUUGCUGACUUGGAUAGAUAGGUAUGCUGCAAUGUUCUUAUGUGGCUUUUGACAUCACUACAGCUGUUAAAGCUUUGGUUUGAGUGCGCAAAUGACAAGGCAUGAUUAUUGCGUGCAAUUGGUGUUGACUAGUCCCAUGAUAGCCUCUCUUAGCUGGUGUAGCAUUCCCACGGUUCUUUGGAAUAGAGAGAGAACUGAUAUGUAGAGGCAAAGCUUAUGCUGCAGUUAAUAACUUUUAGAAUUAAACAUUUGGCUCUGUGUGCUUCAGUAUCAACCGCAACAAAGUGUAUGCGGCUAGUAUUGUUAACUUCAAGUGCUUCUUUCUUCUUCCUCAGGCUAUAUCAUUUACACUACUAACAAUUCUACAAGAACGGAUCAGAAUCCUUUGCCAUUUCUUCCUCUCUUUUUAUUUCUUCCUUGUCAAGUGAUGCUAAACUUGACUGAUCCUCAUUUUUUAUUUGGUGGCAACGGGAAAGGAGCAAGGCUUCUCGUGAACUGCAGACCCACGAGGUGGAAUAUUUUUAGUAAACGAAGAUGCUUGAAUUGGUACCGAGGAAACAAAAUAAGACAUUGAGCCCUGUUUUUCCUUAGCCUGUCUCCAGCUGGUGCCCUCGAGACACGCAGCUUGAACUGUCACUGAAACCUGUCCAUGGAGGUACACUUUAUAUAAUCUUUCCCCAGACAUGGUGAAUUCUGUUGUGGGCUUGGCACAGGACCUGCACAUUUGACAGGAAUAUGCACAUUAACUUUAAAUGGCUUUGCAAUAGUUUAUUGUCUAUACACGGUUGUCCUGUCAGAAUCUCCCUGAAUACGCAGAACUCACAAACUCAGUCAUCUCUUGAGAAAUGAGACAAUUAGUUGUCCUGGAUGGCGCCUUGAGCUCCUCUGCAGAGAGACAGAGAGAGGACAACCUAGAUAUCUGGGUUUGCCAAGUGUGAAAAAGCAGCAACAUGACAUUAUAUAACAAAACAAUGCUUGGUUGGCUUUCGUGUUUGAAUAAAUUUUGGUGGUUGUCCUUCUUGCUUCGUUGCUCUUUUGAGAAAUAAAUAUUGUAUUUGGUGUUA